GUGCGAACAGCAGAUCAGAACAGCAGAUCUGCGGCUCUUACUUGCCACAGGAAGAACAGAGCCUGCGCCAUGAGUGGGGAAGGCGAAUUAGGCCCUGGCUCUGCAUCCAAGGGCAAGAGAAAGGGCGGAUACCAGCAAGGCGGUGGCGGUGACCGAAAGGUGCGCGAACGACAAACAAGGACAUCACGGAGUGAAUGCCCCUCAUCCCUGCCUAUGAUGUGAUCUUGGUCAGCGCACGAGGCGUGACUUCCCGAGAGGCUCCAGAGGAUGGCUGCUGACGGUGUCAACGCCCGGAAAGGGCCGAGAGGCGACCAAGGAACUCAUCACACUGCUCCAAGACGUGAGCUGGACUCUCAUGUGUCACUCACCCAUCAUCGUCUCGCUGCUGGCGCGUAUUCUGAGUGCAGUUUCUGCCGCCUGCCGAUGAGGAGGCGGCGGGCGGUGAGGCGGGUGGUGUGAGUGCAGCCCUGGCCAGUGAGCUGAGCGACAUGCGGACGCAGAUCAAGCAGUUCGUGCCCAUAUACGACGUUGUCAAGGUCAGGAAGUCACACACCGAGAUUGACGCGAUACGAUACACCUUCAUCGAUCUUCCUCCUGUCUAUGUUUCUCACAUAUAUCAGAGUGCGCACUUUUUGCGUCUGGACACUCCGCAAACCGACAAGGAGAGCAAGGACCAGGCGGCCGAGAUGCGCGAUGAGGACGAGGACGAGAUCAUGGAGAUACCAGACGAGGAGGACGACAGCCGCCCGUCAGAGCUGGCGUGGAAGCUCUUCGACCGCACUGUCAACACAAAAGUGGCCAACUCGAGGUGGGCAACGCGGCUGGGAGAGAGAGAUGCGUCGCUGAUCACCUUGUUUGUCUGCCUGGUUGCAGGUUCAUCAAUCGUCUGCUGCCGAUCGACUACAUCUGUCGUCCCCACAUGGAGAACUUCACCCGACUGGCCCGGCAGCUGAUCCCACGACACUUCACACCUGCACCAGCCAAGCCGCAAGCCGAGGAGGGGAAGGCCGACGGCGAGAGUGCCGCUGUGGCAGCUCCCCCCCCGCCGUCAGCACCUGAGUCGUUUUGCACGUGGAAGUGUGAGUUCAACGCCCGCAGCAUGAAGACAAUCGCGCGAAAGGACGUGUAUGCCGCCAUCGAGGAACUCAUCGACAAACGGCACAAGGUGGGCAGGUACAUGCCGCAGGCAGGCAGCCAGGCACAUGGUUUGGUGACGCAUCGACAAAUCGAUCAGGUCAAUCUGACGAAUCCUGACCGGACCAUACUCGUCGAAGUCAACCCAGUUAGAGAAUGACACGCAGGCGACACUACCAGUGCAUAUUCUCUGCCCCUCUCUCCCCCCGCUCUUGCUCUUCUUCUCCUGUGUGUGUGAUUCCAUCCAGCGUUUCUGCGGCGUGUCGGUUCUGCGUGAGUGGUCCCGGUUUGAGGGCUACAACCUGGGCAAGCUGCUGGGCACCGUGCCCAAGACACACCUUGGUAAUGAUGUUGACAAGAAGGGCGGUAAGGCCGAGAAGGGCGGCAGGAUGGAUGUGGAGACCGAAGAUGCUGCAGCACCUGUUCAGCAGCCAGGGGAGGGCUGAUGGAUCGAUGGAUGGCGAUGGAUGGAUGGAUGGACGGGACGAUUGAAUAGCAG